UGUUGUUAUUGUACUAUACAAUCAGCAGUGUUUAUUUAUCGAACUAAAGCUAAAUUUAACAACACAUCUUCCACAAUGGGCAAUUAUUCUUUGGAAAUCUUUAAAAUGGCCAUGUACAUGACAUUUCCCGUUGCAAUGUUUCACAUUUUCAAUCAACCGGCCUACUUUGAAGAAUGGGUGACCAAAAAGAAGCGUGAACUCUAUCCACCAGAAAAUUUGGGUCAUCGUGAAGCUAUCGAACAGGCCAUACGUGAUCAUCGUGAAAAACAAGAUUUACAAAUAAUGAAAGCUCUCGAGGAUAUUGAGAAGAAACAAAAAUUGUAAAAGAAAAAUGUGUGACGAGUGGCUGCCAGCCACUUGAUGUGUGGUGGCUGAAAGGAAAUGCAGAGCAGUGUAUUAUGUAAGAAUGUGUUGUAAUUUUAAAUUUAAUAAUUAUAAUAUAAAAAUAUAUUGUUAUUUUUUAGAAUAAAACUAAGAAAAUCAAACAAA